AACAAAGUGGCUAUAUAUACAGCUAGCUCUACAGAACUCAAACUAGCAUAGAAAAAAAAAACCUAACGAUCCAGAGAGAAAGAGAGAGAUGGAAGGAGUCUACGUUCCUGCUUUCAGAAGGAAGGAGAAGACGACAGACAUGGAGCGAGAAUCAUGGGACGAGCUCCGGAGAAGAAUCAACGCCUUGGUGAACAAGGCAAGCGCGAACAACCUGCGCCACGUGGCUUUGGAACUCUUCCAAGAAGAUCUGAUCAGAGGCAGAGGCCUCUUGUGCAGAUCGUGCAUGAAAUCUCAGAUGGCUUCUCCCGCUUUCUCCGACGUGAUCGCCGCUCUGAUCGCCGUCGUGAACUCCAAGCUUCCUUCGGUCGGCGACCUCUUGCUGAGAAGGUUGGUUCUGCGGAUCCGAAGGGCUUAUGAUCGUAACGACAAGCCUCUUUUGUUGGCUGUAGUUAGGUUCCUCGCGCAUCUCGUGAACCAGCGGGUGGCUUGCGAGGUUAUCGCCCUCGAGGUUGUACACAUGCUUCUCGGCGAGCCUACCGAGAGCAGUGUCGAGGUCGCUGUCGCGUUUGUUAGAGAGUGUGGUGCGUUGCUUCUUGAGGUCUCUCCGAGUGGUAUUAACGUGAUCUUUGACGUGUUUCGAAGGAUUGUUCAAGAAGGGGAUUUGGAGUUUAGGUCUCGGUGUUUGGUCGAGUCUUUGGUCGCUCUUAGGAGAGCUAAUUUCGAGGGCCGUCCAGCGGUUCGUGAUAAGUUGGAUCUUGUUGAUUCAGACGAGAAAGUGACGCAUGUCAUCUCUCUGUUUGAUGAGUCUGAUCCCGAGACUUCUCUUGACGUCUACAAGCCUGACCCUGAGUUCCACCAGAACGAGAAGAAGUACGAGCAGCUUAAAAGGAAGAUACUUGGGGAGCAAGAAAAAGAAGAAGUAGAUGAUGAUGAUGAUGAUGAUGAUAAUGAUGAUGAUGAAGGGACAGUUAUACAUGAUCAUACAGAAACCGAUCUUGUCAGUCUGAGGAGGACAAUUUAUCAAACGAUCAUGUCAAGUCUUAAUUUCGAGGAAGCGGGGCAUAAACUGCUCCAAAUCAGACUCGAACCGGGUCAGGAGAUGGAGCUAUGCGUUAUGAUCCUCGAAUGUUGCGCUGAGGAGAGAACUUAUCGUCCUUUCUACGGUCACUUAGCACACAGGUUCUGCCUAAGAAGCAAAACGUACAGAGAAUGUUUCGAGAAUCUGUUUGUGCAGCAAUACGCGACGGUUCACCGUCUGGAAACUAAUAAACUGAGUAAGGUAGCCAUGUUCUUUGCUCACGUGCUGGCCGCGGGAUCUCUACCGUGGCGUGUCCUUGGCAAUGUUUGGUUGACAGAGGAAGACACAACAUCAUCGUCACGUAUCUUUCUCAAGAUACUGUUCCAAGAACUCUCUGAGCAAAUGGGAUUGAGAGCGUUGAAUGAGAAGCUUCAGGAUCCGACCAUGGAGGACACUUUUGAGUCAAUGUUCCCAAAGGACCAUCCUAGGAACAUGAGGUUCUCCAUCAACUUCUUCACCUCAAUUGGUCUUGGAGGCAUCACUGAGAGACUCAGGCAGCUCCUCGCCCAGCGUCAGAAUCCGUAAUUAAUUAGAUGAGAUGGAGAAGAAGCGUAAAAGAAGAAGAGGUUGAUUAGUAUAAAGCUCUCUACAAAUUUUUAUUGUCUCUUUAUUUGGCUUGAAGUGUCUUAAAAAGAAAAUCAAAGAAAGGUU